AUGUGGUAUCAACACUACAACCAGCAACAUCAACCCAACCACAAACCUGACCAUGUCUAUAAACAACAGCCCAUCCAAGACCGCGCUCAAGUUCGUCCUCCUCCUCCCAAGCAGCCCAAGGCCAAGGGCAAGCUGGCGCUCCUGGAGGAGAAGGCGAAGGCGACCAAGACCCCACCCACGCACUCGACCCAGCCCACGAACCAGCUUAAGAACUACCACGCGGUUGGGGGCAGGAACAUUGGCUCGAGGGCGAGCGAGCUCGGAUGGACGUCUGAGUAG